AUGUCGAUUAUGUUUCAGCUCUCAGCAACGUCCAACCCGACCAAGAGUGUCUACCAAUCCCACUGUCUGCGAAAACGAACAAUAAGAAGAACAAAAGCGGGUGCCGAUGAUGAUGAGGACGACGAUGAUGGUUAUGAAGAGGAAGAGGAAGAACAGUCAGGGGAUGAAGAAGGCAACUAUACAGAAUGGGUUUCACACAGUUGCCUCGAUACCUCUCGGCCUCCACUGUCGGACGUUCAUGGGAUCUUCGACGCAAUUGCUCAGGUUGCCAUUGAAAAUGGCUUUCUUGAAGCUUGUUUGCCCUUCGAAGAGCGAGGAAUACGAGUCUUCACUUUGUGUUCCGGAAGCAGGCUUUCAUUGAACGUCAUCACCACCCUCCAGUCAUUUUUUAGAGAUGUUACAGAAUUUCCGGCACACGCCGAAAACCCGAACGACAAAGUAUAUUUUCCUUUCACGGCAUAUGGCCGACAAGCCAAGCCAACCAGGGGCGCUCAUAUUUUGAUUGCUGGCUCGUCCUGUAUCGAUUUCUCCUUCCUUAACAAAGACAGGAAGAAACUUGAGCAGGAUGGAGUUCGAGGCGAGUCUUUGGACACCAUGGACGGAGUUCUCGCUUAUGCGAAACAGUACCGCCCAAACUUAAUCCUGCUGGAGAAUGUCAUCAAGGCUCCGUGGGCGAAGAUCAAGGAUGAGUGGAGCAAAGCCGAUUACUCUUCCACGACGCGGAACCGAGCGUAUUGUCUGUUGAUAGACAGGAAGCACGCCGAAGAAAUUGACUUCAAUGUUGAGGCCGCUUCUGAGGAGUGGGCUAGUCUCAUGGCUCGCUUUCAGCGUCGGGCAUCGUCCCCGUACAGCGAUUUUAUCCUCCAUGAAGACGAUGAGCGUCUUCACCUCGCCAAGCGCGUGUACGACGGAAGCAAAGGACGACCAUGGGCAGGCGACUGGGCGGCUUGCCGGAAGCGACAUACAGCAAUCCGUCUCGAACAGCACCUCGGAACUUUGAAUACUUAUACUAAGCGUGAGGGCAACUCACGGCCUAGAAUGGAUGACUCAGCCUGGCAGUCAUGGGCCGUCGGUCUACCGAUCCGGGUUCUUGAUGAUUUGGACACCAACUUCAACCGCCACGUCUGUCAGCGAGAUUUCGACAUGCGGUACAAGCAUAGAAAUAUCGACAUUUCCCAAAACGUCGACCGAGACCUAGAUGCUCGGCAGUGGGGAGUUGUCGGAUGUAUCACUCCCAAAGGCAGCCUAUUCGAAACUCUUCGAGGAGGUCCGAUUGAGCUGCAGGAUCUUGCUGGAAAUGCAAUGACCGCCACCGUUGUUGGUGCAGCUAUUUUUAGUGCUAUCAUUGCGUGUCAUCAUGCCGCGUCCGAAAACAAGACUGACCCAAGUCAACAGAUCAGUAUGUUCCAGAAGUACACAAACCAAUAUUCACAUCGAGCUGCCCGGACACCUGCUCCUAGCACUCCACUGUUGAAUGAGCGAGGGCUUAUUAAGAAAGUUGGCUUUCAUCCCUUGAGAAGCAGUCACGAGGUUUUCUCCUAUGAAUGUGCAACGUCCCUUAAAUACAUCAUGCCUGCAGCAAUCGCCGCUCAACCUCUAUGUCGCCGUGAAGGUCUGGGUCAACACACCACUCGUCAACGCAAGCAAUGUCCUGAGUGUUUCUACACUUGCUGUGACAGAUGCAGUAGGCAGGAUCAUCAUGGCCUCGAAAAGCUAUUGCCGGCUCCCACUGCGGACCGCUCGUCUCCCAAAGACUUCAUCCAACAGCUAUCUCAGACACUGCCGCCGCUUUUGGCACUUAAAAAUAUCCCAACUCAUCAGAUUAAUCGUCUUGAUGACAGUGCUUCAAAGGUUCUAGCAUUGAUGCAGAAGGCUCUCGAUAGGACAGUGGCUCCUCAAGCUGUUCGUGGGAAGGACGCAGUUAGACCUUUCGAAGACGCGAAACAAGCAGCUGAGUAUGAGGAUGCCUUGAAACACAGACCCAAACCAGCAAUGGCGACAAUGCACUACCACGAAAAAAUCGCUUUCCUAGAUGUCCAAAUCAACAUAAAGAUAAUGGUGCACCGAGCUGUGGCAGAGCUUCCAUCAUUUCACUAUCAUCGCCCUACUCUUCAACCUUCAUUCGGCCCUCUGAAACUUUUGUCGAAUAGUUCAGAGACGUUAAUGGAACAGUCGCCUCCAAUCUGGGAAGAAAUGGCACUGGUCGAAUCGCGUCUGUCCUCUUUGGGAUGGCGACUCGAAGCUAGAGCACUUGCUCCUACCCAAGUCCGCGGUGGAGCCAUCGCAGGUGAGGUUGGAGCCGGCAAACCAACUACGUCGCUCGCUCUGGUCAAUAUGGACUACACGGAACGUCGAUCAGGUUGCUCGUUCGACUCAAAUUAUUCUCUAAAGCACGUGCAAUCUGAUGCUACAUUGAUAUUGGUGCCCAAAAACAUAAUCACUCAAUGGGAAACCGAGCUCAAGGCUUGCCUAGACUGGACGAAGCUGGAUACCGGAAGCCGUGAUCCCGCUCAUCCUCAUUACAUUCUUGUUGACUCCACCAAGUCCCUGGAGAGAUGUUCUUUCUCCGACAUCAUAUCGGCUACUCUCAUUUUGGCUCCAUGGGACUUAUUUGAAGACACCGAAUAUUGGAAGAAGCUACGCAAUGUCACCUGUGGACCCAACAUUCCCGCUGGUCCUGGCCGUGCGUUUUAUGAGUGGUUGAAUGAAGAGAUGCGGUUGCUCCGAGAUGGGGUGGAGCAACUGCAGAGUCAUGAAUCGAAGUUUUGGGUAUUCUGGGAGGAACUUAGGUGUGAGAGAAAGGACUACGAUCGCUUUAUGGCCUUUCUCAAUAGAGCCAACUCCAAAGCUGAACGUGCGAAGAAGGAUAAAAGUGGGAAGGAGGGUAGAACCAAGGACGAGACUGGCGAUGAGGAGAAUCAUGAGAAUGCAAUGGACGUUGAUCCUUCAGGGGAAAUCCAGAACCACAAACAAAAGCAAGAAGACAACACUAAAAAAGCGGUCGUCGUCAGAUCUAGAAGAAAACGAUGA